CAUGAAAAAAGCUUUAUUAAGUAGUAAUGGUUUCUAACCAUUUUAGGAAUCUUGCGUUUGCUCAUUACCAAUGUGUCUAAUUUAGUACGAACUCAGAUUAUUUUAUACACUCCACUAUCCGUCGUAAUUUCCACCCAUCGUUGCUAUGAAAAGAACAAUUCCCAAUAUUGCUUGGUAAAAACAGUCACUGCAUUUUAUAGCACGAUUGCUUGACAUUUAGUAUCUAGGUAACUCUUGUGUCUUUUAACGGUUGCGACAAAUGGUGGAGUUACAAAUAAAAUAAUUAUAGAUUGAUAAAGUGUCAAAUAAUCUUGAUUUUAUAGCGUUGAUGCCAAUGUCAUCUUGAAAUUCUGUCAUUUACGUUUCAAUUUAAAUUAAUGUCUCAAAAUGACCGACGGGACGUCAAAAUGGGAUGUUUUCCAAAACCAUAUUCGCGAAGUAGAGGCAAGUGUAGUGGAGUUUAUGCGACAAGGCCAGAAGUUCGAGACGAAUGUAUUGGUAUUCCUCUUAUCCAAAACUCGCCCGCCUCCAAUCGACACCGAAGAAUGCGUCACCCUCGAAUCACCAGCAGUCGUCGACGUUGACCAGGGACAAUUAUUCAAUCUGUGGGAAAAUGUCUUAAAACCCGGAAUCGUCACCGCCGGUCUCUUGACAUUCGCCAUCUUCCUAACCUCAAACUUACGACUUGCUCUAUCAUCCUCGCAUGAGCUGUGGCUGUAUUUCUGGCUCUUUGUCGGGAGUUCAAUCUUUUUCUUCUUGCUACAAGUCUUACUUUGGACAAUUUGGAAGAAUAGAAAUGCCAGCAGUCCUGAGCCAACAAUUGACACUGCGAAUAUGGAGAUACCACAAAUACCUAAUUUAAACAUCGAAAAUCCAAAACCACAAUCAAAUGAGGCAUUGCGUUACCUUACCAAAUUGGGUGACCAGAUCCCUGUACCCAGCAUUCAACUAUUUUCAAUUCAUGAUAAUUCAACAGACGACGCGAGUAUCACACAAGUUUCCAAAAGCAAUACCUCGCAAAAAUCGACCGAUUCAAUUGAGACGCAAGUGAUAAAAAGCCCACCAAGUUGGAGGUCACUUGAAGGAUCCGAUAGUGCCAAAUUACAUAACCUGAGAUCUCAAUCAUCACUGAAAGACGCUGAAAAGGAUACAUCAGGACUUCAAAAUUUGGAUGCACAAGAAAUUGAAUUACUAAUCCCUGAACAGUCAAACAUUUCAAUUAUCCUUCAGAAUGAAAUCCAAAGUCGUUCUGAUGAUGCAAUUGUAGACAAGACGCGGAGUGACAUGUCACACCCAUCUUUGGAACUGGUGUUUAAAUCAUCAAAUUAUGAAGCAGAUAUUUUGCAAGAUGAUAUUUUACUAAAUGACGUGCAAACCGGAAGUAGAAGUAAUCCUGGUUCCAUGAGGAAAGUAAAACUUGCUGACUUGGUGGCUGAACCUUCCGCGACUGUGUCGCUAUCGAUUAUCUCCUCAAUUACUGAAGCUAAUACGAGUACAUCUAGUUCAAGUAACGAUGAACAUUCGAAGCAUCAAACAUAAACUUCCUAUGUAUAAAUGUUAUAAAAAUUAAAACACAAUUAUUGCAUUCCGUACAUUUUUUCCUACGAUGCAUGUAGG